GGUAAGGAGACAGCCGAUGCAGAGAGUGGAAGGCAUUGCCCCUUCUUCGAAGAACUGCACGCUCUGUUCGCUGAACGCGCUAGAAAUAUGCAGCGCCUCCUUCUGGAAUCCGAAGCCGGCAUCCCUCUCUCAAAGAAGAAACUAAAAAGGCUUAGCGGUGGCCGAUCCUCCGACGAGUUCUCCGAUGACGACGACGAAGAUGAAGAAGACAGUGAGGAAGAGAAACCGACCCGAACCAAGAGGAAAAAGGCUGAUCGAACUGGUCUGCAACAACAGACCCGAACCGCUCCCGACAAAUCUCGACCAGCCAAUAGCGGCAUUCAUGACCUGCUCCAUGAGUUCUUGCAGCAGCAGCAGCAAUUGGAGGCCCGUUGGUGGGAGGUCAUGGAUCGAAGAGCUCAGGAGCGGCAAAUGUUUGAUCGGGAAUGGAGGGAUUCGAUGGAGAAGCUGGAGAGGGAGAGGCUGAUGCUUGAACAGGCUUGGAGGGAGAGGGAAGAGCAGAGGAGGAUGAGGGAGGAGAGCAGGGCUGAGAAGAGAGAUGCUUUGCUCACCACACUUUUGAAUAAGCUAAUACAGGAUAAUCUAUAAACAAAAAUAAAUAAAUAAAUAAAUAAAUAAAAAUUGCUCCUCGAUGGCCUCAAAGCCCUUAGAUUUAUUUGGAGAUGAGUGGAAAAGAUUUAUUUAUGUUUUGCACGAAUCUCAAAACAGAUUCAAGGGCUUUGAUAUCUUCUGAUUUUUUAACGGGCAUUCACAUACAUACCACCCAAUUCCUAUGCAUGUGCAUAUCAAAUACUUUGAACUUAUCUUCUUACAUUUAUACCACCAAAAUCUUUCGUAUCAUAUAAAAUAUACCACUAUUUUUG